UCUUUGAGGAAAACAAAAACAAACAGUGUAAGACGAGCGUAUGCUAGUCUACGUGUGUUCAAAUGUCACUAAGCUCUAUAGGUCGUACAAAAGUAGAGCACCGCUGCCAAGAAUAGGACGCCUGCCCUGUGGUGUUUGUUGUAAGUGAGUGAUAUCCCGGAAAAGGGAGUUGCCCCCGUCGAAGAAGAAGACGAAAAGGAGCAAGAAGAAGAGAACCAGUUCAGGGAGUUGAGGAAGAACAUUCGCCGCACACCCGCCCUAAGUAAACAAUGGGCAGCGUUUGGAAGCGGCUGCAGCGCGUCAACAAGCGGGCGGCCAAAUUCUCCUUCACCGUGUCGUACCAUGAACUGCGGAUGGAAACGACGGCCAAAUGGCGCCCCCACAGCUUGCACGUAGUAUGGACCCGUCGCUCCCGCCGUGUAGUAUCCAGUCCCAUGGCAUGGGAACCGGACCUGGUCAACCCCGUUUGCAGCACAAUGGCCUGGCCAAUGCCGGAUAACCACACCAUAGCCGUCACUCUGUUCAAAGACAUCCGAACACACGAACUGGAGGACAAAGACUGGACCUUCGUGCUGGAGGACGUGUCCCAGAUGGGCAAAAAGCGGCUACUGGCGUCCGCCACGAUCAACAUGCGCAGAUACGCCAGUAUAGAAUCCACACAGCAGACGUUCAUGCUUGAGCUGAGGCCCGUUUCCAAGAAGAUCCUCUCGGCACAGCUGGAACUGACACUGAGCUGCGUGUUCCUGAGGGAGGGCAAAGCCACCGACGAGGACAUGCAGAGCAUUAUUUCGCUGAUGUCGGUCAACAAUGUGACGGACAUUGCCCCGUUGGACGAUUUGGAAGACAUUCCCGAUUUGGAGAACUCGAUAGAGAUUUCAGAGCACGUGUUGGAUUUCACCCAUCAGCUGGAGCAGCUUACGACUAGUUUGAAUACUUCAGACCUGGCGACGCCCAUGAGUGUGCCAUCGCUUUCGGACGACCAAACACCGGUGAUGAGUGGUUCGAAGGAUAUGUUCAAGGAGGUCCUCAACGAUAGGGGCUAUAUUUCACUGACCAGCGAUACCGGUAGCAUCAAAGAACCGGAUGAAAGAGAUUACAACAAACAGAAACCUCCCGAAGUGACUAUAGAAGACCCUCCGCGAACAGAGCCUCUAACACGUCAGGACACAUCGAACUCGGUGACCGUGGAAGAACAUCACAAAUUAGAAGAAGAACAUCUAGAUCCACUGGAAGCACUCGAGGAGGAAAAGAGUCCUCCGAAACCACCGGCUCCAGUGGCACCCCUCCUACCCCUUACCCCAAGAAUAGAUAGCGAACUUACCAAAAAAUCUCCCGAGGAAUUGCAGAGCAGUCGGGCGGAGCUGAAACCGCUGAACCUUAUCAAAAGCUACGAUCACCAGCCGGAGGAGAAGAAAGUCGCCGUUGCGGCUCCUCCCCCGUCUGUUCCUCCCACAGUCACCGUCCCAGUGGUGCCGGUAGAACCGGUAGUCGAGCCGAAGAAACCGAUCCUGCGGGACAGCACUCCGGGACAGGAUCUGCUCGAGUGGUGCAAGGAAAUCACGAAAAGCUACAACGGAGUCAAGGUUACCAAUCUCACGACCAGCUGGCGCAACGGGAUGGCGUUCUGUGCGAUCAUUCAUCACUUUUACCCUAGUUUAAUCGAUAUGAGUAAGUUAUCACCCGGCAACGUGAUAGAGAACUGCCGGACGGCGUUCGACGCGGCGGAGAAGCUGGGCAUCCCACGAGUCAUCGAACCGCGCGAUAUGAACAUGCUGGCCGUGCCGGACAAGCUGGCCGUGAUGACCUAUCUGUAUCAGCUGCGGGCGCACUUCACCGGCCACCAGCUGGAGGUGCACACGAUAGAUUCGGGCAUUCCAUGCCAGGCAUGCUACCUAGCAGCCGAACAAGCCAUGUGCAUUUAUUCACAAACGAAAAAGUUACAGCGGGGUGAAACCUCGGACGAUUCCAGCUACGUCAUAGGCAACUACAAAUCGGACAAGCUGACCAAAGACCUGCUCAACCUGAACGACAUGAUCACGCCCAAGGAGGACGAUCCGUUGAAGCGGGAAGCCAGCAAGGCGCAACUGCUGGCCAACUCGAAAGCCCUGCUGGGUAAGGUGCUUUCGCCUACCAAAGAGAAGUUCCCCACGCCGGCUGCCGCCAUCGAUGGCGGCAAUGGACCGAUGCCCAACGGUACGUCCGCCGUCGCGGAGGUCGAUAGUGGUCCCCCCGGCGGGAACACUAGCAAUAGUAGUAGUAGUAAUAGUACCGGAGACGAUUCCGGGCUUGGUGGUGGUGGUGGUAUUGGUGGCGGAAAUGAUAUUAGCAAUAGUGCAAUCAAUAACAAUAGUAUCAAUAAUAAUACAGCGGAAUUGAACGGAACGGUACCGGACGAGCUGGAGGGAGUUUGUGAUAGCACGACCAGGAGCGACCAGGACGGGGACCGGAAGGUGCCACCACUGCUGGACUCGGCCAUGACGAAUAAAAUUCUUUUGCGGCAUAAGGAAAUGAGUGAGAAGGCUAAAUUAAUGAUUGAAAAACUUAGAGCGACUAGUGUAGAUAAGGGUGGUGACAUUGAUGCUAAUGAACGCCAAACGCGGUUACGAGAGCAGGCGCGAAAACUGAUCGCCGAGACGAAAGCCAAAACGCUAACCCUCGAUUCGCCGUCGUCUCCAACGAAGAUCAGCACGGCACAGAAGAUGAACUUCUCGCCGGAACGGACUAUCUCACCGAUCAACAACGUUCCGGAGUUCAUUUUUCCCAGCGUCGGAAUACUCGGCGCCCGGAAUGGCAAAGAUUCGCCGGUGCGGUUCGGGGCUGAUGAGGCGCGAACCAUCGACCGGGGGAGCGAUGCCAAUCGGAAUCACCUGCUGAAGCGGGGGACGCCCUCGCCGAACAAGGUGUCGCCUUCGUUGCUUGAAUUGAUUGCGCCCAAAAACGAGGGGAGGGUGGAAAAAGUCAACUAUAUCCAAAGUGAGCUGAACAAACUGGAACGGGAGCAAGAAGCCAUCGAUCAGAAGGCCAAUGCCCUGGAAAAGAAACUACGAGCUGUGAUGGGAGGCACAAUGUCCAAUGUGAACGAAACCGAAGAUCAACUCAUGUCCCAGUGGUUUACGUUGGUCAACAAGAAGAACGCCUUGCUGAGGCGGCAGAUGCAGCUGAAUCUACUUGAACAAGAGAACGAUCUUGAGAAAAAGUACGACAUGCUGAAUCUGGAACUGCGGGCGGCCCUCUCGAUCGAGGACUGGCGCAAAACGGAGGAACAGCGGGAGAAGGAGGCCCUGCUGCUGGCCGAACUGGUCGCCAUUGUGGACAAGCGCAACGAAUUGGUGCAAAAUUUGCACAGCCAGGAGCAAGCAAUUGAGGAUGACGACGAAAUCGAACGUAAGCUGGAAACCGUGGACAUUAAUCACAAAGACGAAAAAUGCGUCAUUCAGUAGGCUUGUUGCUGGGAGAUGUUUGAAUACUCAAAAUUCGAUUGAUACGAACUGGAUUUAUGUCCUAAGGGAAUCUAUGGAGAUUACCGUGCAUCUAGCGUAGUGUAGAUAGCUUCUUUUCAUAAAUACAGAGUUGUCUAUCGUCGUUCCAAGGAAUAUGCCGUGACCGUGGUGGGUACAGGAAUCCGCAACCGCUCGUACUUCAAAAAAACCUUAAGGCGUACUACUUUUCCCACAUCAUCGUUAUCGGAACCAGUGAUCGUGACUUACCAGAAUCCAACCAAUUCAUCAUCAAACAUUUUGAGCGGGGAAAAAAGGAAAGGUACAAUCGUCAGCGCCGGGAAAACGGUUGAAAACUAUUUACAUUUAGCAGUCAGUUGAGUCGAAGUUUAUCGAGGUAUAUUUAUCGAUUCAGUGUCAGUUGUCUUUUUAGUAUCGAUUCCGUCCGGGAGAUUUGAUUCCAUCGUGUCGUCGUAAUGUACUCGAUGUUGUAAUGGUUGAUGAUACGAAGGUACCUACAGCUGCAACCUAUUUAUAUUCCUUACCAUGGUCCCUACUCACGCAAUACGUGCAAACGCUGUUAGUUGUCCUUAUUUGAUGAGGGAAACUGUUUUCUUUUCGACAAGAAGGGAUUUCAUUAAGUUUUAAGUUCUCAUACUCGGCUCUCAGUUGUACAUAUCUGUUAAUUUUAAACCAUGUUUUAACCAAAAAAAAAAAUCGAAUCAUUUAAGCUCUCCAAAACACCAUUAUCAGUCAAUGGAUGUGAGCAGCUUAGGAACUUAUUUUAUAAGGAAACAUUCUGUGUGCAAAUAUUUUACUCGUUUUAAAACUUUUUUUGGAGCUCGGUUAGAGGCGCGGAAGACAUAUUGUACCCUUUUGAGGUAAUGAUUACAAUAAUGCUAUAAAAGGAAACUUUUACGUGAUACCAAUUGUGGAAAAAUCCCAAUUUAUAAACAUAUAUUUUAUUUUUGUAAGCUUUUUUAGUACAUCAGACUUAAGUAGUUUUUCUCUGACAUUUGAAAUUCGUAGAGAAGAAAAAGUAGAUUUUGCGCUAAUUCCAAUAUAACCUAGUAGAACUUUCACAGAGGAGCUUUGGAAGGGUUUCAAUCGAUCCGAUAGCUGUUUUUGAAGCCAGUCUUGAGUAGCUUUGGCUUGCUUUUCUCCGGCACAACCGCAGCAAAAGGAUUAGGUAAACAAGUCAGACAGAACAAGAGAAUUAUUACAAAUUAUGAUAUUCUAGUCAUUCGAGUAGUAGUUGUAGCUAAACACGGGGAAAACUAAUUUAAUAUAUCGUAUGGAUAAUGAUAGUAUUAUUGAUUCAACUGUGCUCUAUAUAUAUACACAAUACCACAAACACAAAAAAUCACAAAACUCUUAACUACUGCUAGACGAACAAACGAAGAUGACUCGACUAACCAAAAAAAACAACCAGAA